GAAGGAACUUGGUGACAGCCCGCGGAACUUGGCCAGGAUUUUGGCUGUCGCGCACAAGCUGGCGCAAACAAUGGGUGAAAGAUGGGAGAGGGAGUGUGACAACUUUCUGUGGUCACUAGAACUCGAAGAGUUCAACUCCCUGGGCCAAGAGUGCAAGAACCACCCAUCACUUCCCGAUUUUGUGGAGGAAGUGGAAAAGGUAUACAAAGAGAAGUUCGAGUUCAUGGGCAAGAAUGGUGAGCCCAUUGAAGACCUCAUCCAGUUUGUGCUGUAUCUUGCAGCAAACCCACCAGAUGAUUUCCGCCUGAGCUUCGCGGGCGACAUCAUGCGGGCCUUUGGAGACACCAAGCCUUUGGUGAAAGAGGUCGCAGAUUUGCUGGACCUUAACAUGCCUGAUGACCCAGCAAAAGUACAACAGAUUCUGGAGGAGCAGCGCCUGUUGAGGAAAAGACAAGUUCAAGAGGCAAAAGAAGCGGAGGAGAAAAAGAAAAGGAAGCCUGGAAGACCUCCAAAGCGGACGAUGGAACACAACAAUGAAGGCGAGAGACCUUCAAAGAAAAAGGCUGAUGACGCCAAUGAGGAGCCGGGCGAGGAUGAAGAGCUUCUGAUGGCCAAGGCCUUGGAUGAAGACGAUGAAGCUUUGAGGAAUGACCGAGAACGAGAUGUCAGUGAUCAAGAAAAGGGAGGACAACGCAAACGCAGAACACCCGGAUCCAAAGGUCGAGGUCAUGGAAAGGGAAAAAUGCAGCUCAAGGAGACGUCAACACCUGGCAAGGGUGAGUCAAUGGACGACGAGAAGAAUACAAAAGUGAAGGAUCUGAAGACUGCAAAGUCUAAGAAGGAAAAGAAGGAUCAAGAACAAGCGAAGCCUGGAAGCA